UUCACAUCGGACAAUCUUUAUUGUGAAAUGUGAAUUACCAAAUGUCAAAACCAGCACAAACAAACGAUGUACAAUUAAAUUAAAAUAGAAAAAGCAUUGUUCCGUUUGGAAAGAAAUAAUUCAUUGUAAUAUCAGCUUUUUUAUAGCAAACCAUAAUGAACGAAAUUGACGAUAAGUUUUAUUAUGUGUACAGUUCGUCAUUAGAUCACAAAGUCGAGAUAAAAAUUGGCACCCUUGAAGGCAAGCGAGCCAAGCCAGAAUAUGACAAGUUGUUGUCGGACCCCAUGCUCAAAUUCUCGGGACUGUAUCAAGAAGGCUGCUCUGACUUGUAUGUGACCUGUCAAGUGCUAUGCGAUGGGGUACCUCUUGCAUUGCCAGUUACAACAUCUUAUAAAGCAUUUACAAAUCGAUGGAACUGGAACGAAUGGGUGACUCUUCCAGUAUACUACAGCGAUCUGCCACGGAAUGCAAUACUAGCAAUGACAAUAUAUGAUUGCGCAGGACCAGGAAAAGUGAUGGUGGUCGGUGGUACCACUAUUUCACUGUUUGGCAAACAUGGAAUGUUGAGACAGGGUAUGUUCGAUCUCCGCGUGUGGCCCGGUAUGGAGGGAAGCGAGAGGACGCCAGGGAAGGCGCCGGACCGCGGGAAGGAACAAAUGCAGAGAUUGGCUAAAUUAGCCAAGAAACAUCGUAACGGACAUAUUCCGAAGGUGGACUGGUUAGACAGACUGACGUUUCGUGAAAUAGAAAUGAUCAACGAGAAGGAGAAGCGGAACUCGAACUACAUGUAUUUGAUGAUUGAAUUUCCGACGGUUCAAAUAGAUGGCAUUAAUCACGCCGUUGUGUACUACGAACAAGACGGUGACGAAAUGUAUCAGUUCAGAGCACAAGCUGAAAUUGUCACCGUGCCCGACUACGAGAUACUGCAGGAGAACCUGGUGGAGUCGAAGCAGCACCGGCUGGCGCGCUCGCUGCGCUGCGCCGUGCCGGGCCGCGACGCCAAGCCGUCGGCGGCCGAGCGCGACCAGCUCGCCGCGCUGCUGGCCGCGCCCGCCGUGCUCUCCGCGCUGUCCGCCGACGACCAGGACCUGCUCUGGAAGUACCGAUUCUAUUUAUCAUCACACCGUCGAGCGCUUACCAAGUUCCUGGCGUGCGUUAAUUGGAAUCGACCAGGUGAAGUUAGACAAGCGUUGUCUAUGAUGAAGCAAUGGGCGCCGAUGGAUGUCGAAGAUGCCUUAGAGCUACUGACACCGAAGUUCACGCAUCCGGCUGUCAGAAAAUAUGCAAUAUCGAGGUUGAAACAAGCGCCCGAUGAAGAUCUACUACUUUACCUCCUACAAUUGGUGCAGGCUUUGAAGUACGAGGACUACAAAGAGAUACACGAGGAGUAUGCAAAAAUAUGCGGUAAGGAGGUGCCCGCGUAUACCGAUUCGGACGGGAAGUUGAUGCAGAGCGGCCAAAGAGGCAGCCAGGCCAGUCUCCUCUCCGCGUCCAUGUUGACAACGAGCGAAAUGACGUCAUCGUCUACAAGCCGACAUUCUGCUGAAGCUGUGGAGGAACCGGUCAGUGCCGACAGCACCAUCGGUGAUAACGACGAACACGGGUCUGAGGAGCCGAGCCUGGCCGGGUUCCUCGUGCGUCGCGCGCGCAGCAACAGUGUGGUGGCCAACUACCUGUACUGGUACCUGCUCAUUGAGUGCGAGGACGAGGUGGCCGGCCGGGGGGGCGACCUCGCCGCGCGACGCAUGUACCUCGCCGUCAUGCGCACACUCUCGCACCGCCUCGCCACAGGUAACGCUGACCACCAGCGCACCCGGUCGUUCCUAGCGCGUCAGCAGGUGUUUAUCGACAAGCUGGUGAAGCUCGUGAAGACGGUGGCGAGAGAAAGCGGCAACAGGAACAAGAAGGCCGAGCGGCUGCAGCAGCUGCUGUCGGACCCCGACGCCUUCAAAUUCAACUUCACGAACUUCGAGCCAAUGCCCUUCCCACUCGACCCGAAUGUUAACAUUAAAGGAAUAGUCGCUAAGAAGGCGAGUCUUUUCAAAUCAGCUCUAAUGCCGUGCAAGCUGACGUUCCUCACGAGCGAGGGCUCCGAAUACGAGGCCAUCUUCAAACAUGGAGAUGACCUGCGACAGGACCAGCUCAUUUUGCAGAUGAUUACGCUCAUGGACAAGUUGCUGAGGAGGGAGAACCUGGACCUGAAGCUGACGCCGUACAAGGUGCUGGCCACCAGCUCGCGGCACGGCUUCCUGCAGUUCGUGGAGUCGGUGACGGUGGCGGAGGCGCUGGCGGCGGAGGGCAGCAUCCAGAACUUCCUGCGCAAGCACGCGGGCGCGCCGGCCGCCCCGUACGGCAUCAAGCCCGACACCAUGGACACGUACAUCCGCAGCUGCGCCGGCUACUGCGUCAUCACGUACCUGCUGGGCGUCGGCGACCGCCACCUCGACAACCUGCUGCUGACGCGCGGGGGGGCGCUGUUCCACAUCGACUUCGGCUACAUCCUGGGCCGCGACCCCAAGCCUCUGCCGCCGCCGAUGAAGCUCAGCAAGGAGAUGGUGGAGGCCAUGGGGGGAGUCCACUCCGAGCUCUACCACGAGUUCCGCAAGCUCUGCUACACGGCUUUCCUGCAUCUGCGCAGACAUGCAAAUCUAGUUCUGAAUCUGUUCUCGCUGAUGGUGGACGCCUCCGUUCCCGACAUCGCCUUGGAACCCGACAAGGCCGUCAAGAAAGUGCAGGACAAGUUGAGGCUGGAUCUAGGCGAUGAGGAAGCGGUUCACUUCCUGCAGAACCUUCUGGACAUGUCUGUGACAGCUGUCAUGGCGGUGCUGGUCGAGCAGUUCCACAAAUUCGCGCAGUAUUGGCGAAAAUAACAUUCCUUAAAUGUUAACUCGAAGUAAUAAUAGACAAUACGGGAGUUAUACUAAUUAACUAAGAGUGAGCUUACACGCUGAAUACCAAGUACAAUAUGGUAUUGUUGAUGAUAUUGCUGUUUGCGUUUUCUUCAUUUAAAUGAUGAUAAUGAAGCACCAACAACGUAGCUAUUACCACUUUAAGAGAUAUUAACCAAUCUUUGUAUAACCAAUACACCAUCAACCAUGACAGCUAAGAUAAUUCCCUUGAGCCUAACCAAACUGAAACACGACAUUACAAAAUACUACUGGUUGGGUAUGUAAUGUUGAAUAGGAUUUACUGGUGGUAGAGCUUUGUGCAAGCUCGUCUGGGUAGGUACCACCCACUCAUUAAAUAUUCUACCGCAAAACAGCAGUACUUGGUAUUGUUGAGUUCCGGUUUGAAGGGUGAGUGAGCCAGUUUAAUUACAGGCACAAGGGACAUAACAUCUUAGUUCCCAAGGUUGGUGGCGCAUUGGUGAUGUAAGCGAUGGUUAACAUUUCUUACAAUGCCAAUGUCUAUGGGCGUUGGUGACCACUUACCAUCAGGUGGCCCAUAUGCUCGUCCGCCUUCCUAUUCUAUAAAAAAAGGGAGGGUACCCUUUUUUCAAAUUCAAAUGAGCAUAAACAAAACCCUUUGGCCAAGUUUAACACUCUGUUAAUAUUUGCAAUUGUCAAUAGUGUUGAAUGUGUAAAGUCAUUCUAAUAUUUCUUACACAGGCUCAGGUACCCCUUUCUUAAUAAUUAAUUAUCAAUAUACAAUAUUAGUAAAGUUAUUAAGUUAUUAAUACAAAUAUUCCGAAGUAUAAUGUUAUAUUUCAGAACAAUGUCAAUACUGGAACUUGUAGAAAAUGUUUAAAGUAUUGUAUCAUAGCGAAUGAUAUAUACAUUUAAAAUUUAAUUAAUUUUAACUCCCGCUAGUUUUGUUUCUUAAAUAGUUCUUUAUUAUAAUGUUUCUUGCCAAUGAAAUAUUUUAAAUGUUAUAAAAUAUAGUUAUAUAUUUUAAUGUUUUAAGUUGUUUGUUUAUUUUUCAAUUUGAAAAAUAUUACCUAGCAACAGAGAUAUUUACUUAUAGCUCGAUGUACAUAUUUAUUCAUUAUUGUUGUAAAUAUUACAGUUUUGAUGAAAAUAUCAUGAUUGUGUGACUAAAUUCAAUAUAUUUUUAUAGUAAUUCAAUUAUUAUAAAAAUAUAUGUUAAGAGAAUGAAAAUAUUUCGAGGUAAUUAAUUAAUUUAGUAAAAUUAAAGAAAAAAAUACUUCAAGUGUAUGUGAAAUGUAUUUUUAAAGAUUAUAGUUUAUUAUUUCUCUGGUAACAAACUUAGUGAAAAUACAUUAUAUUAAAAUUUAAGAAAUUUCAAAUUUAAAUAUAAGUAUGUAUAAAUAAAAUUAUUAAACAUGUUAACCAUUGGAUAAGAUAUAUUUUUGUUUCUUGCAUGGAAAACGAUUAUUUGUUUAUUUACUGUAAAUGUCUUAAAUCGAAGUCACAAGAAUAUAUAUUGCUGUGACUGUUGUAAAUAUCAAGAAAUUACAUUAAGCAUAAACAUAAAAAAUUAGACAGAAUUUUUAAUGUCAAAAAUACUGCGCAUUUCUGAUUUUUAAUUGGCUAAUAAAUUUGUAUUUAAUUGACAAUUCAUUUAAAUUACGCACAUGUAAUAAUUAGUUAUUUGAUUGAAUACUUAUUCAAUAAUUAUAAUACAACUUGCCUCGGAUAAAAAUGUAUGUAAGAGCGCUCGAAAAAAAAAUUCAGCAACUUCAUGAAAAUAAUUUAAAUAUCAAAUUGGCCCACAGUAGUUGUAAGGAAGUAUAUUUGUAAUUUUCUACUGUGAUAUUUACGAAUAAAGUAUUUUCAUACA